AUGGAGCAGCCAAUCAGCGUGCUUAUGGUAGGCGCUGGCGAAUACACCGUAGGGUUUGUACCGACCAAGGAGGGAGCUGCGAGCGACAAGUCUGCAGGUGUCAUUGCCAUCACAUUGAUGGACCUUCGCCGUCUGGGCAAGGUGCAGCGACUGCUGCUGUGUGAUCGGUCCGGGCGACACUUCCCCGCUAUCAGAGACACGCUGAAAAGGAAGAUUGCAGACGUGUAUCGAGACAUGGACGUCACUCUCGAGACAUACCCUCCAGACGAUGUGCAAGAGGACAAUGCAGCGUACCUGGCAGCCAUGGCGCGCAUGCAGCCGGGAGACAUGGUCACCAUCUUCACCCCCGACAACACGCACUACCCCAUCGCCCUCGCUGCCAUUCAACACGGCCUCCAUGUGCUUAUAGCGAAGCCUGCAGUGAAGACCCUCCACCACCACCACCACCUCGUGCAAGCAGCAGAAGAAAAGGGUGUGUUGGUGGCAGUUGAGUUUCACAAGCGAUUCGACCCCAUCUACACAGACGCACACGACCGCAUCAGGGGGCUGGGUCCCUUUGCCUUCUUCUCAAGCACCAUGACCCAGCCAAAGAAGCAGCUGCACACGUUUGCAGGGUGGGCUGGCAGGAGCUCAGACAUAUCGUUCUACCUCAACUCGCACCACAUAGAUUUCCACGCGUGGGCGGUGCAGGGGCAAUCGCGGCCAGUGGUGGUGGUGGCGAGUGCAGCGAGGGGGAAGGCAAGCCAAGUGCUGCAAGAAGCGCGGGGAGGUGCUGCUGGGGCGGUGGAUGUGGAGGAUGCAAUCACCCUCAUGGGGGCAAGGGGAGGUGCUGCUGGGGCGGUGGAUGUGUUUUGA